AUGGCGGGCAACUCUCCAACAUCACCCCUACCGGGUGUGACACGGGGAGGUGCAAAAGCUGCCCCUAUUGGAAGCUUAGGCAGCAUCACCAUCCACUCUCCUCUCGGCUCCGUGACCAAUGGCGGCGCUUUUGCCAGCGGUCACUUCAAAGUCACGCCCCAUGGCCAGCGACGCCGUUGGGCAGACAUGACCCCAGUUGAGAUGUGGCCAGCCACUCCGAGCCCCGGGGCUGGGCCAGAAGCCCUGCACAGUUUCGGCGUGCCCGCCGCCAAUGCAACGCCCACCUCCCCAUCGACAGUGCCACCGCAGGCUUUCCCUGCAUACACAGUGACCUCUCAGCCACAGAGCCAGCCGCAGCAUGCCCCACCAUCUCACAUGCAAGUGCACCCAGCGCCCGCACCUGUGCAAGCGGUACCUGCAGCGGCCUCGAUUCCGGCGCCGUUCCCGGGUGGUGUGAUCCCGGCGGGUAUGCCAGCAGUCCCAAUGCCUGGCAUGCCGAUGCCCAUGCCAGUGCAAGGACUUCCCGAAAGCCUUUUAUCGCCCUGA